AUGGUUGUGGGUGAAAACAAUACACUGAUGAAACACUGGGGACUGUUUUGUGAUAGCGAAAAGGAUGAUCGUAUUGAAAAAGAUGACGAGGCCAGUUCCGCUGAAGAUUGGAGUGCAAAUGAAAAGGAUUAUGACAGUGAUGGUAUUGAAAAUAUGGAGCGUGAUGUUGUAUAUCCGAGCUACGAUCCAACAAUUAAUUGGAGAUUGACCAAACCUAUUCUAGGAAUGAAAUUUGAGAGUCCUAAACAACUAAAGGAGAGUUUAAUUGACUAUGGAGUAUCAAAUAGUUAUCAAUUAGAGUUUACAGUCAACGACUAUCGUAGGUUACUGGUGGUAUGUGGGGAAGAAAAAACUGAAGAUGAAGAGGAUCAUGAAGGAAAAAAGAAGAAAAUUGCAAAACGGUAUUUCAAACAAAUAGUUGAAAAUCCGGAAAUUAGCUUAAGGCAAAUGCAGACCGACAUCAUGAGAAAAUUUGAAUGCAAAGUGAGUAUUGGUCAAUGUAGUAGAGCAAAAAAAAAGAUUUUGGAUGAUUAUGAAGGUGGUUUAAAAGAACAUUAUGCUAGACUUUCGGAUUAUAAAGCCGAGAUAUUAGAGACCAAUCCAGGGAGUACUGUGAAGAUGGCUGUGAAUGAAAUGGAGAAUGGAGAAGUUUACUUCAGUAGUUAUUAUAUUUGUUUUAAGGGUGUCAAAGAUGGAUGGAUAAAUGGAUGCAGAAAAGUUCUUGGUUUAGAUGGGUGCUUUCUAAAGAAUAGUGGCCAACUACUAACGGCUAUGGGAAGAGAUGCCAAUAACCAUAUUUUUCCUUUGGCAUGGGCUGCUGUGUCUGUUGAGAAUAAGGAAAACUGGAAAUGGUUUCUUAAUCUAAUGAGAUAUGACAUUGAAAUGGAAAGUGGACUUGGACUAACUCUCAUUUCAGAUCAACACAAGGGAAUUAUAGAAGCCGUAAAGGAUGUGUUUCCUUAUGCUGAGCAUAGACAAUGUGUAAGGUUUUGGAAGGUAGUUCCAGGUGAUAACACCGUAUUUGAAGUUAGAAGUGAAAAAUAUGCGUGCGUGGUGAACCUUGAUGAAAAAACUUGUAGUUGUAGAUUAUGUCAGUUGUCAGGCAUACCUUGUGUUCAUAUAGUGGCAACGUUGUCCUUCGUUAACAAGGACCCAGAAACUUUUGUUAGUUCUUGGCUUAAAAAGGACAUGUUCAGAGUAGCAUACAAAUAUCCGAUCAAACCACUAAGAGGAAGUACAUUUUGGCCCAAAACUGAUGAUAUAAAACCGUUACCUCCAAAUGAGAGACGAAUGCCGGGUAGACCAGCAGUAAAGAGGAAAAGAAGCACUGAUGAGAAAGAGAAAAAGAACCCGAAGGUUGGAAUUGGAAGAAAAAUGUCUUGUCAAAAUUGUUAUGAAAUGGGGCAUAAUGUUAGGUCUUGCAAAAACGAGAAAAAAGACCCCCCACCAAAGGUGAAAAGGCCAAAAGGUAGACCUAAAAAGCGUGGUGCAACGAAGAAAGUCUAA